UCCUCUUUGGCUGGCGCGGGAGCUGGGCCUGGUGUUUGGUAGUGUCCGCGGCGGCGGUUUCUCAACUCGAGCUGGCAGCCUGUAGCGUUCUGGAGUAGCCGGCAGGGGGUUUUUCCAUGCGGCGUUCUGCUUGAGACCGGGCUGCUGGUUGCUCCACGGACUCCUGAGCCGCGAGGCCUGGCUGCCUCUGGGCAGACUGCAGAGACCUGGCUGGACGGGCCCGACCCGAGCUCCCAGGGCCCAGCAUCGCAGGCUCAGACCCGGCCUCUAGGGGAGAGGCCGGAGAGAAGAGUCCAAGCCGGGAGCAGUCAGAGCAGGCCUGCAGAGCGCGGCUGGGGCUCAGAGAACUGCUGGGAGGUGGUGGCACGAGGUGGGACCCAAAUGCCGGAGGAAGGAGAGCUGCCUUCUGCAGACACUGCCCUUCCCCGAGACGAAAGCACAGGAGAUGAAAGAAUGGCAGCUGGUCUCCUCACAGUUGGGGCCCACGGGUCCAUGCCCUUCAGCAAUGUGACUGUAGCUUUUACCCAGGAUGGGUGGAGGCACUUGAUCCCUGCUCCGAGGGGGACUCCAAGGUUCAAGGAGGGGAUACCAGAAAAUGCCAGGAAUCUGGUCCUGCUGGGACUUCCAGUUUCCCAGCCCAGCAUGAACUCCCAGUUGGAACAAAGGGAAGAAGGCCCAUGGAUGCUGGAGGGAGGAGGCCUAAGGAGUACCUGUCCUGACUGGAAGAUUAUGUCUGAAUCACCACCCGAGCAUGACAUUUCUGAAGAUCCAUUCCAAGACACAAGUAUAGAGCUGCCCCCUGGGGAGUCUGCUCACGGGAACACUGAACUGGGGAAGAGCUUCAACCUGAGACCAGUCCUUUCUCCACAGCAGGGAGUUCCUACAGAAGUGAGACCCCGGAAAUGGGAAACACACACACAGAGCUUCAGGAAGGAUUCCCCUAUUAUGAAGCCCCACAGAGCAAGACCCUAUACAUGUGGCGAGUGUGGCAAGGGCUUCAGUUACUGUUCUUCCCUUUCUCAGCACCAGAAGACUCACACCGGGGAGAAGCCCUACGAGUGCAGUGAGUGUGCGAAGGCUUUCAGCCAGAGCUCGUCUCUUAUUCAGCACCAGAGGAUUCACACCGGAGAGAAACCCUACAAAUGCAGCGAAUGUGGAAGAGCCUUCAGCCAGAACGCAAACCUCACAAAGCACCAGCGAACUCACACCGGAGAAAAGCCCUACAAAUGUAGCGAGUGUGAGAAAGCCUUCAGUGACUGUUCAGCUCUUGUUCAGCAUCAGAGGAUUCACACCGGGGAGAAGCCCUAUGAAUGCAGCGACUGUGGGAAGGCCUUCCGUCACAGUGCGAAUCUCACAAACCACCAGAGGACCCACACAGGGGAGAAGCCGUACAAGUGCAGCGAGUGUGGGAAGGCCUUCAGUUACUGUGCCGCCUUUAUUCAGCAUCAGAGAAUCCACACCGGGGAGAAACCCUAUAAGUGUGCUGCAUGUGGAAAGGCCUUCAGCCAGAGCGCAAACCUCACAAACCAUCAGAGGACUCACACGGGAGAGAAACCCUACAAGUGCAGCGAGUGUGGAAAGGCCUUCAGCCAAAGUACAAAUCUCAUAAUCCACCAGAAGACCCACACUGGGGAGAAGCCAUAUAAAUGUGGAAAAGUCUCAGGAGCGCUCUUCUUACUCAACUCUUCAAGCAUCAAGAACCCAACUCAAAUCAUACUGGAGAUUUACCUCCAUUUAGUGAGCCAAACUGCAUUUUGGAAACCAUUAGGAAUAAGUGAUCAAUGAGUGAAGAACUUCAUUCUUUCUUAAAGGCCAGGUAUUUCAGGGAUGGUUCUUGAAUGAGGGCUAUUAAAAGAACCAACACUGGACAGGAAUGAACAGUUUCUCCAUAAUAGGGAGUAAUUCAAGUUGAGGAAAGGUUCUUCAUGUUGUAAUCUCAUCAGGGGUGGGGGAGGGAUAUCCACUCUUUAAAGCUCUAUAUAGGAAAAUCUAGACAUUGCCAGGCCCAAUCUCUACUUGAGAUCUUCAAGUGUUUGCUGCUGCUGUAAAGAAAACACCCAGAAGGUAAGAACAGGCUGAGGGUUAUCUAGAGGAAGCCAGUGAAAUGCCUCAGCGUGGUAUACCCCUCUGUGGAGCCACUAGGACAAAAACCUGAGACCUACCAUCUUUCCCUGGCUCAUGGGCCAGUGGGGCCUUCAUUUCCCUUCCUGGAGAAGUUUCCUUUACAGCAAGAUUUUCAUUAUUGGCCCCCUUUCUCCCUUGCCGCGUCCUGGGUCUUGCCUUUUGAUAUGCCAUCCUCAUACCCAGCCUGCAUGACUUCAUCUCCGGAAUAACCCCAUGUGGUUUGGGUUUAGGGUUUGGGUAGCCAUUUGACUUGAGUCAUAUUCCGCUAUCAUCACCCAAGGCGUCUAGCUCUGGUUUCCUGGUCACUUGGCACAGGUCCUGGAAGGCUUAUCCUUCCUUUAUUGAUCUGAAUUCUCAGGUAAUCCUUCCCACUACAGUUCUCCAACCCUGCUUAUGGGGGAGGGGAGAAAAUUAAAACCCACCUACUUUAAAGGCCUAUUGACAAGUUUAAGACAAGAAUACAAUUAAUGCUAAGAACAUUAAGUUCUUGGUUAAAUUACUCCUAAGCCCUUCCUUUUAGGCUGGUACCCAGAAGCCCCUCUAAGCUACUCAGGUAUAGCUCACCCCAGUACCCAGGUAUUUUGGUUCAUCCUUCUAUUUACCACACACUUAAAAGUAGGAGUCAUGAGCUCGAGUCAAAAGGAACAUAACUAAUGAAAAAGAGCAAGACUCGGAAAGACAAAAACAUGCCAUUAGAAAAUGGCCCUCAGGGACUCAAGACAAAGGUCAGGUUCCCUUUUUUCACAUCAGUGCCCCCUGAAGCCUGGCUGUACACUGGAACUGAUAGUGAGGGCUUGCUUGCAUUAAGGGCUAUGGGCCCUUAACCCAACUCAAGAUUGAAACUGAUAUGGGAUAGAUUCCUUGCCAUGAUGAAUCAUGCUGAGGUACGAGUUUUCUUUUUGGCAAAGAAUUUUAUUCUUACAAAGAGUUCCACAUAUAUGCAGCCUACAGAAGGCCAAGAACUUCCUUUCUAGGUGUCUUCUCUGA